AUGCCUCCCCACAUGAAAAAGCGCAAGGUUCUCGAGUCGUUGCAGGCCGGCCCUAAGAAGAAGUUCAGAAAGCAGCGCGAAUACCACAGCAGCUCCGAAGAAGAGUCCGAAGACGAUGAACCUACCGAUUUCAAGGCUGUCAGCUUGGCGGACUCUGACGCUGAAGAUGAAGUCCAAGUGAAGAAGCCCAAGAAGCAGACCAAGUCGAUUGGCGCCUCUACGAAGAGAAAAGCGGAGGAGAAAGACGAAAGCUCCGACGAGGUAGCCGACGAUGACGAGGACGACGAGGAGGAUGGUGAUGUUGAGUCUGAAAUCGACUCUGAAGGAUCCGACGAUGAAGAAGGUGCCGACUCCGAUACUUCUGCACCUGCGACAACGGGUCGCAGAGCUGUCUCUAAGCGCAAUGAUCCCUCGGCCUUCUCUACCUCUAUCGCAAAAAUUCUGUCCACCAAACUCCCCACAUCCGUUCGAGACGAUCCCGUGCUGGCGCGCAGCAAAGCCGCUGCCCAGAAGAGCACCGACGUUGCAGAGGAGAAGCUGGAUCGGCAAGCGCGGGCCAAGCUUCGUGCGGAGAAGAAGGAAGAGCUGGACCGUGGUCGUAUUCGCGAUGUCAUGGGUCUUCAGCGUGGUCAGGCGGGUGCGGUUGCGGAGGAGGAGAAGCGUCUGCGCAAGAUUGCCCAGCGUGGUGUGGUGAAGCUGUUCAAUGCCGUCCGCGCCGCCCAGGUGCGCGGAGAGGAAGCAGCCAAGGCAGAGCGCAAGAAGGGUACCGUUGGUAUUGACGAGCGCGAGAAGGCCGUGAACGAAGUCAGCAAGCAGGGAUUCUUGGACUUGAUCAGCGGGAAGAAGGGCAAGGCGUUGAAGAUUGAGGAGGCUUAA